AUGGAGCAAAUGUACCUGAUCGAAAUAUUCAUAGACAAGGUGACGAUAUACGCAACGUUAGAAGAUGAACAGAGUGGCGCAAACAAAAAUCUUAUAAUAAAAAUUCGAUUUGGACCAAAAGUAGAGUUUAUUAUCAAGGAGGGUCAAUUAGCCCUUAAUGAUGAUAAGAAAGAUGAUGUAAUGGAAUGUGAUGAAAACGGUAGAAGAAAAUGGUCUCGUACAAUCAGAGUAGGCAAAUCGUAUCUCUUCCCGUCAUAUCCAGACACUGUCCUUAUGAUACUCAGCAAGUUUCCACUCGAAAUAGAAAUAUGGAACGAUGACGAGAACGAAGUCGAAAUAUUUGUUGGUGUUGGCACUAUGCAUUGGGAGACAGAAUUCUUCCACAUGCUGAAAGAAACUGCUGAGGCUUCGAAACUACAUGAACCAUUAACAAUUAAACAGAACACACCACUGUUUGGGGAAUGUUAUUGUAAACGGGUUGGAGAAAUUUCCUUCAUACUAAGACUUAGUGCUUUAGGAGAGAGCAUCAUAACAGAAUUCCAGCAACUAAUGACAGAUCCGGAUGCAUUUGUUUUUAGGACAAACAAAGCGCCAAGUAUGUUCCAAUGCAAGAGAAUCGAGGGCGAUGACAAGAACUUUUGUAUGGUUGGCAGUUUGUACGAAACUACAACUUUGGAAGAUCCAGAUGUUGUAGAUAAAGCACAACAAAAGAUUGAAAUUUGUACAGAAUUGCAAAGCUGUGGAAUGGGACAAAAGGACACUGAAUACAGAUGUCAACAUGAAGGAGCUGAAGCAAAAACUCAAAAGAAGAUGUACCCUAUUAAUAAGAUAAGAAUGGGUGAUAUUACCGGACCGUGCGGCAAUACUAAUUGUCCCUUAGCUCACAAAGUGAGAACCUAUAUCAGAAACUUGGAAAGUUAUAAGAAAGAAGCGGAAGGUAAGGUAGACGGAACAAAAGACGUAAAUGCACGGAAAAUCUGCGGUAGCUGUGGUUGUAAAGAUGACAGGUGGCAUAGAGAGGAAUGUCCUGAGAAAUUAGAAAAAGAAGGCAAACAGGGAAAAGCGGUGUGUUCCGGAUGUGGCGGUAUGGCACAAGUAGGAGAAACGUGUGAAGAUAGAAAAAAUAAAAUGUUUGGUACGGGAGCUACUCCCAGAGGGUCAAAGACGCAAGUAUCAUAUGUUUUUAGUGUAACAAAAGUUCCUGGUUUUAAGGAGUCUGUGUAUGGCACGAAUUACACCGUACAAAAUUUAACAGCUGACUAUUAUUUGCAAAUGAUCGGUCAGACUCCAGGUGUCAAUAGAGGUGGGUGCUGUUGCAGCCAAAAUCGACAAAUAUCAAAUCUCAAUCAAGCCAGAACUGCGUUAAGUGCAACUGAUAUAAGGCCACCCGACAAUAAAGCUUCCACAAGGAGCUUGAACAAUAAUGCCAUUGUUUAUAACGUGGAACUGAGUUCAUCAAAAAGAAAAAUUCCUGUUUUUAAUUGUGUCGAAAUAGCAGAGGAUAAAGAUUGUAAAUGUAAUCCUCCCAAACCGUCGCCACCUUGUAAGACUUUUGACUGUGAAUGCAUACAAAAAUCAGUUAACAUAGCAGCAAGGAAAGCGCACAAACCAUACUGUCCACAAUAUAAACAUAAGAGUAAUUGUCCAGUCAAUAUGAUGAAUGAGGAAGAAGAGAACAAGAAGGCAGAUGUGGAUGAAGACGAAGCUGAGCCAUUGCCAUAUGGUCUCCCGCCUAUCAAACUUGGUCCCUGUCCUGUAAUGGGAAGGCCUUGCUCCGUACCCGAUGGAUUCGCCAGAAUGUAUAAAACCGCAGCCAUAGCUCCCCAACCACCAAGCUACAGCGACGCUGGGAAAGUUUGUUGUUCAAAAGAAUAUGAGCGAAUCAAAAGAGCGAUAAAGGACUACAUGAAGUACGAAAAAGAACAUGACUAUAGAUGCAUAAACAAAUUUAAUGUGGACACUGAAAGGCGAUGUUGCGACAAAGAGCAGGUGCUGCUUUCCCUUAUGGGGAAGAGUUGCUGUGGUGCUCACAAGCUAGCCAUCCAGGAGAAAGAUAAAGAGGAACGGAAGAACGCAUAG